GACAUGGAAUUCCGGGUUUUCCCUGAACAGUGUCGUGUCUAUGAAGCAAUAGUAGCUUGCCGCGUUGCAUGAUCAGUACUACGGCAUGCAGGCCUCCUGAUUCAAGCUUAUUGACACAUGGACACCCGUGAUUGGGAAUUGCUGGCCUAAAGGCAAGGGACAGAACCGAUGUGUAGGUUAACUUCGGCUCCCUGGUUUUUCAUCCUUCGAGUGGUAUCAUGAUUUCUAACCAGCGCCUGUCCGCGAUGACGACGAAGGUUCGUCUGCGGCAGAUUAUAUCUUACGUGCGGCUCCCAUACAGCGUUCCCACAUCACUGCGUUGGCUCUCCCUUGCUUCCCCCUCUGGUCCUGCGAGUUGUUCUCUCCUCAUCAAACACUAUUCUACCUCCUUCCAUACUUCGGCAACUCUCUCAAGUUCCAGGGUCCGGAAAGCCCAGCUGGGACCAGACAUCGUUCUGAACGAGGACUUCGCUCUUCCAGUUAAUGCUGAUCUUUAUGCGCCAUUACCAGAAGAGCUAGAAUUUCUUAAAGCUACGACCGGCAUCGAGGACGAAGAAGCGUUGAAAGCGCACGUCCUGACGGUGCAGCAGCAGGCGUACAAGGUGGCACCAUAUCCUUGCAUCUACACUUAUUGUUUCGUCAAAACCCCAUCGACAAUGCAAUCCGUUUACCAAGACAUCCUCAAGAUUGGUCGCGAAUGCGAGAAUGCAGUACUCUUAGACGUAGGAAGUGGUAUGGGGCCUGACUGUAGGAAAUUCGCAUUGGAUGGAUUUCCAGCAAAGAACAUAGUUGCAACAGAUCUCGUCGAAGAAUUUCUCGAUCUUGGCCAUGUCCUAUUCAAGACUACCAAGGAAACAUUCCCCGCAAAUUUCGUAGCAGGAGAUGCGUUUAAUCCUGCCUUUCUCUCGAUCGCGCAACCAGCUCGAGGGGCGGUGCAAACGCCCCGGCCAGACCUAACAACGUUGACAUCACUCAAUCCACUCCAUGGACACUGUUCAGUUAUCAAUGCAACUGGCUUCUUCCACCUAUUCAAUGAAGAGCAACAGGUACACUUGGCUCGCGCUGUUGCGGGCUUACUGUCUCCCGAACCUGGUUCCCUUAUUUGUGGCUUAGACUUUGCGGCGAAAGAAAAAGGAUUGGUUGAAUUUGACAUCGACGGAAUCAAAAAGUACCGUCUUUUGUCCCAUUCCCCAGAAAGUUGGAUGAAAUUGUGGUACGAAAACGUCUUCUCUGAGAGGGGAGAGGUGGAGGUUCAAGCAAAUUAUACGGAAAUAGAGGUCCUGGGGAAACCAAUUCCGUGUUUGCUUUGGUACGUCAGGAGGCUCUAGACAGAAUAUCCAGGAUAUGUACAAUAGUACCCUAGUUCCUGAGGAACGUGACCACCUUGGCAGUCUGGAAAUUUAUUGAUCUCCCUGUCACAAGCCAAGGCCGAACACUGCUAGCGCUGCGGUGAGGAGUGUCCGUGUG